ACUCCUCCGCACAACUCUCUCCGCGUUCCUCCACUGCACUACCGUCGAGCCCCAACUUUAUCCCAUACCGCACCAACGCGAACGCAGGUGCAGCCCUGUCUCCAAUCUGAGGAGCGACGUGUUUUAUUCCGAAGUGCCUACGAGUCGGCGUUUCCACUGUUCGCAUGUGAAAGUCGGUGGAGCACAAUCGCGUCUGAGACUAGCGACGUAUCAUCGUCAUAACCUAAGGCACCAACAAAAUUACCAAAGACGAUCAAUCACAAUCAGAAAACCCAACGUCUCUCGUUCCGUCUUCAUUGAGAUUUGCGCAAGUCUCAAUAGCUGUCGCCGACCUUGGUAUGAAUGUAUUGUACGUACACAGCAAAUCUCCGAGCGGCGCAACAAAGUACACUGAUCAGAGGAGGGAAAAUGCGCGGAUAUCACACCCAAAGCAACUUUUCCGUUGAAUCGCGCAACAUCUUGGCCAAUCUAAGUAUAUCUUGCAUAUGCAAGCACUGCCUCACAACUCUUAUCAACGGCAAGAUUUGUCGCACUGAGACUUCGGAAACCUUUGCCAACUCUGUACGAAACUGA